AUGUCCUUGCAGAUGCCGGUGACGGAAGACACGCCUCCCGACAUGCUGUCUGGGGCAAUGGAUCUGAACGUGAUUCUGCCUAACGGUUCCGUGAUCAAGAUGAGCGUCGAGAGAAGCACGCCAAUGAUGGAUUUGCUUGUGCAGAUCACCACUGCCCACAAACUAUCGCCCGGCAGUCACGCGUUGCACGCCAUCGGCGACCGCGGGGUCUUGCCUUACAAACCCAGCACUCCUAUCGGUGCCCUAGAUACGUGGACAGUAAACAUUGUUCCUAAAAGCUUAAGCAAAAAUGGCAGGUAUCAAAGCCAGUCUAUUAUGAAAUGCAUAACAAAACCGUUCGAACAAACGUUCCGUCUACAGGUACAUUUACCGAGAAAUCAGUUAUACGUGUCCCGAAUAAGUCCAAAAACGCAACUUAACAAAAUUCUCAAGCAAGUAUGUUUCGAGAAAAAUCUUGAUCCUGCCAAGUAUACAUUAAGGAAACCAGACAAAUUGAACGAGCCCUUGGACUUGAGUAAAACAUUAGUUGAGUAUAAACUACAACAAUUGUCACUAGUGUUGAAUACUAAUAGCACUCUCAUCGGUGGUCUAUCUUCAGAUGACAUCAUGUCCCGGGCACCUAAAAAAUUUUCGUGUGAUGAUAGUUUGAGUAGUGGUAGUUUGGGUGGUAGAAGUUUGAGUCCGACCAGAUCAGAUGAAUCUUCAGACACCCCACGUAGACACCCAUUAAUGGUCAAAGUAUUGCCAUCUAGACCGGUCAGGAAAAGAAGACUGGCACCAAAACCACCAUCGCAACCACGAAAUGCUCCAGAACAAACAAUAAUUUCACAUUCACGAAAUAGUUCUGAUAGUAGUGGAUACCACGAAUCAUCAGUGCUUAGUGAUGCUGUAGAUUCCAGCAGUGUUGGAAUGACGAGGUCUGGGAAUUUUUCUCCUACCAAAACGUCUGGCCCGACCAUAUCGCGUUCAAUGACCAAUCUCCAAGCUUGCGGACAAAAUCAGAACCAGUUCUCCGAAAUACCUUUUAUGUCUAACAACAUAGGUCAAUCAAAACACUCCGUAUCUACUACAUCACUAAUAUCUAUUCAAAGUCGUAAAAAGAAAGCUGCACCCCUUCCACCACUAGCAAAUAAGCCCAAACUCGCACCACCACAAGAAGAAUCCGAAAGUGAGCCAGAAACACAGAGAAAAUCGCAAACACUGCCUGUUACUACAAAACUGUAUAUAGCAGAUCCACAAGAAAAAUCAAAAACUGUUUCCAGAAUAGAACUGAACAAUAAUUUAGUUGAACCUAAUCUAUCCCCAGCAACUUCCUCGUUGUCAUCACUUAGUCGAUCCGAUGUAGAUAGAGAUUUGACUGAACCCACAUCUCCCACAUCCUCGAUUGUAAUAGGUUGUAAAUACUUAUCAAAAUUGGAAGUGAAAUCGAAAAGACCAGCGCCUAAACCACCUAUACGAUCUUCUUCGACCAUAAACCGACCACAGGCGUCCAGUCAACCUGGAGAUUUGACAACAGUACCUCGAUUAUCUUCAGGUUCAACUGCCGACGAAGACGAGUUGCGUAUGGACGAUGAAGAAAUCGAUCGUAUAUUUGGAGAUGCAACUAGUGGUUACGAUACACCAUCUAUCGUUACCAUAAAAGAAAGCAACACAGAAGUUACAGAUAUUGACUGGGAAUACAAAUUGCCUGACCCUCCUUCGGCAUUUAGAGAUGACCAUUCUCCUGCAAUGACGAUGUUCGAUACAGUAACCAUCGGUAACCUUAAAGAUGUCGUCCUUCAAGAGGAACCUACUGUUAAUCCAGUUGAAGUGAAAGAAGAUAGCAUCACAGUUGAAGAGUCUGUAAAAAAAAUAAUUGGGGACGAAUACCAUUGUUUCCCUCAAGACUCAGGAAUUGGAUCAGAUGAUUCAUCGUUGCCGUCGAGUUGUGAAGAAAAAAUACACGCGGAUGAAAAACCCGUUAAAAUUGUUGAACCAAAAGAAUCUAAACUAAAUAAUUUUAAAAUUGUGGCUUACGAUGAAGAUUGCACUAGACCCACAGAGAUAUUCUGUGAUGAGUCGGUUAAAACGUGGAAGACAACACAAAUAGCUCGAGAAUCAAAUCCCGCAUACAAAACGCAAACCCCGAACUCCGUUAAUAGACACAAAUCGUUCAGUAUGGAUAGAACUAACUCGUCCGUAACAGUCAAACGGAGUACGUCACAUAUAAGUCUCUUGAGUGGUAAUAUAAAACCAUCCAAUCGGUUGGCCAAACACUAUAUUGGACGAACUUAUUCUUCUGAACGACUUAAUUAUGAUGAUGAGUCUCCAGUGAAAAGAUCGUUCAGCGUAGACAACAUAACAGAAGAUGCGCGAGAAAAUUGUCAAGACGACAACGACAACCACAACGAAAUAAUACCAAAAAAAAUUGAACCUACAUUAGAACAAUCAUCUCCCUUACACUCCCUUCAGAUAUUAAAAACGAUUCUCCCCCAAAUUGAAGAUCAUAAAGAAAAUACCAAAAAUAAUAAUUUAAGUUUUGAUGAAGUUUCAAGUAUUAAAAAUACAUCACUUUCGGAAGCAAUAACGGAAAAAAACAACGAGAGUCCGUUUAAUGAGAAUGCACUCGAAACGAAUGUGUCGAAACCCAAAAUAGAAACAACCGAAUUCAACGAAUUUCGAACGCGGGUGGCUUUUCUGAAACCCAAGUGUCAAGAAGUCACGUGUGAGCAAAAACCUGCGACGGUGGAGACGCCAGCAACACACGUUCAAUCCAAAAAUAAACUUCUCGAAGAGCCCGGUAAGAUCGAUAUACUAGAUUUACAGCGCGGAUUUCGUAACGACAAACCGGAAGCCCAAAUGCCGGUCAACAAAGACGAAAAGGUCAAGAGGUAUUUGUACACGGGCCCCCCGAAAAUCAGUCUGUCCACGUGGAACGAACGUCCCAAAAGGCAGGUGAGCAUCAAAACCGACCGGGACUACGUCAUUGGCAUCAGGCAGAGGUUACAGCGAAAGGCCGACGGCGAGGACACCGCGAACAAGUCGUUGGACGAGGACUUCAACUGCAAUAGCAAGCCCGUGUCCAGGGUGCCGAUAGUGAAGUCGGUGGAACUGAAGAAACCCUACGCCGAACAAUUGCAAACGGCCAGCCCGGUGUUGGCCCUGUCCGAGGCGAUAAAAGCUCAAGCCAAACUCAGCAACGGCUACAGUUACCACGGCAGUGCGAUCGUGUUGACGGGUGAAAAUGACGACAACGCGACAUUAAGACCGUUGGAAAAGAAAUCGUCCGCCGACCGCAGCUCGUACACUUUUGGUAAGCUAAUGGGCCGGUCUAGGAAACCCAGGGAGAUUUCGGCGAACGUCGAUCCCAGGGAAAAUCUACUCGAGUCGAUCAGGUCGUUCGGGGGCAGAGACAACCUGAGGAAAAUUAGAGCAUAG